AUGGCGCGUGUGUAUGCAGAUGUCAACCAGACCAUGCCACGGUCCUACUGGGACUAUGACAGCGUCAACAUUACCUGGGGCGUUCUGGAGAACUAUGAGGUGGUACGCAAGAUCGGACGAGGAAAAUACUCGGAGGUCUUCGAAGGCAUCAACGUCGUCAACUACCAGAAAUGCGUCAUCAAGGUCCUCAAGCCGGUCAAGAAGAAGAAGAUAAAGAGGGAGAUCAAGAUCCUGCAGAAUCUCUCAGGCGGCCCUAAUAUCGUCGCGCUGCUGGAUGUUGUCAGGGACCAACAAGUAAAUCAAUCCUCUCCUCAAUAUGAUCCAGCCGCUGCGCCCAAAGCUGGGGAAGGAAAAUCAGCGCGCGAUGGAUAUGUUUCUCCUGAUGACGAGACCAACGACUCAUACUUUAUGCAGAGCAAAACACCAUCCUUGAUCUUCGAGUACGUUAAUAACACAGACUUCCGCUCCCUCUACCCGAAAUUCGUCGACUACGAUGUCCGAUACUACAUCUACGAGCUACUCAAGGCGCUGGACUUCUGCCACAGCAAGGGGAUCAUGCAUAGAGAUGUCAAGCCACACAACGUUAUGAUUGAUCACGAACAGCGAAAGCUGCGACUUAUCGAUUGGGGUUUGGCCGAAUUCUACCACCAAGGAACCGAAUACAAUGUCCGUGUGGCUUCGAGAUACUUCAAGGGUCCUGAACUGUUGGUCGACUUCCAAGAAUAUGACUACUCGCUCGACAUGUGGUCUUUAGGUGCUAUGUUUGCAUCGAUGAUCUUCAGAAAGGAGCCCUUCUUCCACGGUAACAGCAACUCGGAUCAAUUGGUCAAGAUUGCCAAGGUACUCGGCACAGAAGACUUGUUCGACUACCUUGACAAGUACGAGAUUGAGUUGGACGCACAAUAUGAUGAUAUUCUAGGUCGAUUCCCGAAGAAGAACUGGCACAGCUUUGUUAACUCUGAAAACCAAAGAUUUGUGACCAAUGAGGCUAUCGAUUUCUUGGAUAAAUUGCUUCGAUAUGAUCACCAGGAGAGAUUGACUGCCAAGGAAGCUAUGGCUCACCCCUUCUUUGCCCCGGUCCGUGAAGCCGAGCAACGAAACCGACUCGCUGGUCCAAUCCAGACCGAAGCCAGCUAA